UUCCCCGCGGGCCGGGGCCGCUGUCAGUCACAGCACCGACACCUGCCGCCGCCGCCGCCGCAGCCCUCCUCCUCCUCCUCCUCCUCCUCCCCGGCUCCGUCAGUCCGGGUCCGCCCGGGUCCGCCCGCGAUGGCCGCAGCCCUCCUCCUGCUGGCGGGCAUCCUCCUACUCGCCCCCGGCCGAACCACCGCCCCCGCACUCUCGGCCGAAGAGGAGUUUCAUUUCAAGUCAUGGAUGAUGCAGCACAACAAGAAAUAUGGCAUGGAGGAGUAUUAUCAAAGGCUGCAAACUUUUGUCCUCAACAAGAGAAAAAUUGACCAACACAAUGCUGGAAAUCACACCUAUGAGAUGCGACUGAAUCAAUUUUCAGACAUGACCUUCCCUGAAUUUAAAAAAAGAUAUCUCUGGUCCGAACCCCAGAAUUGUUCCGCUACUAAGGGGAACUACUUAAAAGGCACUGGCCCCUACCCAGACUUUGUGGACUGGAGGAAAAAAGGAAAUUUUGUCUCUCCGGUGAAAAACCAGGGCGGAUGUGGCAGUUGCUGGACCUUCUCCACUACUGGCGGACUAGAGUCUGCAGUUGCCAUAGCCACAGGGAAUCUCCUGACUCUGGCGGAGCAGCAGCUGGUGGACUGUGCUCAGAACUUCAACAACCACGGGUGUAACGGGGGACUCCCGAGCCAAGCAUACGAGUAUAUCUUUUACAACAAAGGCAUAAUGGGAGAAGAGAGCUAUCCCUACCAAGCCAAGAAUGGAACCUGCAGGUUUGAGCCAGACAAAGCCAUUGCCUUCGUCAAGGAUGUGAUCAAUAUAACCAUUUAUGAUGAAGAGGCCAUUGUGGAGGCAGUUGCUCAGCACAACCCGGUCAGCAUUGCUUUCGAAGUGACGUCCGAUUUCAUUAGCUACCACAAAGGCAUCUAUUCCAACCCAAAGUGUCAUAAUACGCCAGACAAAGUGAAUCAUGCCGUGCUGGCUGUAGGGUAUGGAGAAGAAAAUGGAAUUCCCUAUUGGAUCAUCAAAAACUCCUGGGGUGAAUCCUGGGGCCUCGAUGGGUAUUUCCUGAUGGAGCGAGGAAAGAACAUGUGCGGACUUGCUGACUGCGCAUCCUACCCGAUCCCCCUGGUCUAGGCCCGAGUGCCACGUCCAGGGGCCGGGCACGGGGAAUUGCCAUGGUGGAAAGCUCUUGGAUGCCAGAAAGGCUGGCCACCCAACACUUGGCCUGGCCCCGAGGGAGACAAGGGCCUCCAGCCUCUUUCUUCCCCUCAGAAAAUCUCACUGAGAGCUAGGAGACACAGGCCAGAUCUCGUUCUUGUUCCUGGACACCCCUACCCCUGCCCUGCCAUCCCAGCAGUCCCCUCAGAACACAGCCAAGGGGAGUCUCUCCACGGAGUCUUUCCCCCUCCUACACCCCCUUACCCAGGCACAGUCCGAACCUCCUAAAGUCAGCCGGCCCUCAGGCUGGUUUUAAGUCACUCAAGGGAAUCAUGCCCCUCUCUUCCUUGUGGAAGGCCUUCUUGUAGCUUAAAUGCCCUUACAUCCUCUCAGGACAAUUUUAUUCCCGAUGCACCAAACUGUUCCCUUUGAAACAAAAACAGGCACUCAUCCUGAAAAUGGGUACGAUGCAGGUUUCUUUUGACAAAGAGUUGAUUAUUUUUCACCUGACCUGAUUGCUACCUCCUAUUUUCAUUGUUGUUCAAUAAAGAGGCUAUUUUCAUAACUGGAAA